AUGAAGCUGCUUGCUGGUCUUGCUCUCGCCUCUAUGGCUGUCGCUGCGCCCCUGGUGGAUAAGCGCGCCCCUACUCCCUUGAAUGUUGAGUUGAAGAUGCAGGGGAACUCAAAGGUGAAGGCUGUUAUCACCAAUAAUGGGAAGAGCAACUUGAAGCUCCUCAAGGUUGGAACAUUCCUUGAUACGGCUCCUGUCGAGAGGGCUCAGGUCUUCUCUGCUGAGAAAGAGACUGUCCCCUUCGACGGUGUUCGCAUCGCCCUCGACACCACCCAGCUCGAUGAUACCGCCUUCCAGAGCAUCCCCUCCGGCAACUCGUACGAAGUCGAGUUCGACAUUGCCGAGUUCCACGAUCUUUCCGCUGGUGGCAAGUUCAGCGUCCUCUCAUCCGGCGCCCUCUCUUUCGCCCAGGAAAACUCAACCGAGUUGAUCGGCUCAGUUCCCUUCUACUCCAACCGUCUCGACGCCGAAGUCGACGGUCCCCAGGCCUUCUCCGUCCGCACAGCUUUCCACCAGAAGCGUGCUCAAGUUCAGAGUGAUUGUUCUGGCAGCAAGCUCCAGGUCACUCAGGCUGCUCUGUCGAACUGUGCUAGACAGGCUUCAGCUGCCCAGGAGGCUGCGUCCAAUGGUCCUGCUGCGAAGGUGGAGGAGUACUUCAAGAACUCUGACGCUGCGACUCGCUCGACUGUUGCUGAUGUCUUUGCCAAGAUCGCUGCUGAGUGUGGAUCGACCAAUGCUGGAGAUACUCGAUACUACUGUACUGAUGUUUACGGCGCGUGCCAGAACGGUGUUCUUGCGUAUACUGUUCCUGGUGGAAACUACAUGGCCUACUGUGACCUGUACUUUGAGCGUCUUCCUGCUAGCACUUCAACCUGCCAUGCUCAGGACCAGGGUAACACCAACCUGCACGAGAUGACCCAUCUUAACCAGAUCAAGGGAACUUCUGACUAUGGUGGUUAUGGAUAUAACUUCAUCCAGAGCUUGACUGCUGAGCAGAACAUCAACCACGCUGAUACCUAUGCUCUGUUCGCCAAUGCUGUCAGCCUGGGAUUUGUCGUUACGCUAGGCUGGGGUGAAACCGGCGGUGCUGUUGAACUCAAGGUGGCAUAUGUCAGCCAGUUUUAUACACCCCAGACACCUCAGCCACCAAGUGACAGUGCUGAGUCUCGCGAACCGACGCCUUUCCCGGCAGACCCAUGGGAACAAAUGGAGUACUUGCGAACGCAUUGGCACUGGACCGAGGAGAUGUACCACUUCCGUAGGUUCUUCCUAAGAGACGAGAUCAUAGACAGGGCUAGGGCGCGACGUGAAAAUGAGCCGGGCAACAAGAUAGCCCGUGAGAAACGCAAGCUAAUGGAAAGCUUUCACGGACGUGAUAGUGAUCGGUGGUGGCUUGAAAAAGACAACAUCCGGGACCAUAUCAGCCUCCCCAAGAAGGGCUGGACGCAGGAAGAGAUCGUUGCUGUUUAUGAAGCGGACGUAGCCUUCCUUGAAUGGUCACGGGGCAAUCCUGUACCAAGAGAGCUUGGUAAUUUCAGCAAGGAUGUAAACCCAGAAGAAGAAGCCGAUUCGGCCACCUAUUCCCAGCAUGACGCCUGGAACUGCUUCUACGGAUCGCAGCCUACCAAAUUUCCACCGAAUACGGAUUGGGAUUUAUGGAAUUUGGGUGUAUGGGAUCUCUGGCAUAAAGGUACCCACGGUCGCAUCUCCCGCCGGCGAAGGCGAGAGGCCCUGCGGUCUGAUGCUCAGGGCGAUGCUGCAUCAUGUGCAGAAGAGUUGGAAAGAAUUGAGGGCGAAGACCAGAGAGACCGUGAGGCUCUAGAAAUGGCCAUUAUAAGGUCAACAGAAUUGACAAAACAGUCAGAUGGAACUGGACAUCUACUGUCACCUGAAGACCGGGAGGAAAUGAAACACAGGAGCUGCAUGUCGCAACUUACCCACUUCGGUCCCAAUGCCAACUACCUCGCCCACAAGUACGGUUACGACCGAAGCGUCAGAAGGGCAGAACUAUUGCCGCCGCCAGCAACAGUCCCCAAAGCAGGCGGGACAGGCGAUGUCCCAGGUACUCAGAUGCGGUGA